CAAAAUAUUCCCUUACAAAAAUGUCUAUAACGCUCUGAUUUAUUAAUCAGGCGAAACUUUAAAGUAAAUUCACAUUAUUCGACCAGUUAACAAUCCAAAAUAUCAACGUGCAAGACUCCCUAAUUUCUUGGGAUUUUUGCGAAUAGGAGUUGGCAGCGCCGGUUUAGAAGAAUUACGAACUUGUGCGCACAAAACUUGGCUGUCAACGGACGUUUUUUUUUAAUUGAAGAAUAUAUUCAAGCUUUUUUAAGGCUUAUUCCGAGACAUCGAAAUGGCCAGCUUGCAAAUACCACCAGAGCGCCACUUUGGGUUCGAAUGCUGCAACUGCACUGUGGCCAACUUUCCGGGGCGCCGCUACAGCUGCGGAGUGUGCCCAGGGUACAACUUGUGCGGCGAUUGCUUUGACACCAAUCUUGUCCCGGAAGAUGACCACCAUCUGUACUACCAUCCGAUGAAGGUACAUUAUACCCGAGCCGCGUUCCAGCUGUACUUUCAGGGCGAGACCUACUCCGCUGACAGUCCCUCGUUCCAGAGCUACAAGUGUGCCUUGUGUGAACUCCGAGGCCUUACUAGCGGCGCCCUGUACAAGCACCUCUCGGAGGUUCAUCUUACCCAUCCGGACUACGAUGAAUACGCCGAACUGGUGAGCGCCUAUAACGAGACGGAACGAAUGAGCCCUGCAGAAUUGCGGCAGAACAGGGAACUGGGCUUGCAAGAGCGGUUGAUUGAAUUUGUUUUGUCACCGGAACAGUCAGGGCGCAGUCAUGGCUUGAGCCUGGCUCAAUUGCUGGUGCAGAUGAAAAGGCUUAGCAUAACUGCCCCAGAGUUUCCACAUCUCUGUGUGCGGAUCAUGAAGCGGGCCCAUUGGCUUCAAGCCCAGCAGAAAGAUGGGGAGAUGGAAAAGGCUGUGCAAAAAUACGUCAGUCAAAUUGAGCACGAGGUGGCCACCGGUCUUUGCGAGCGCCGUCUGCGACUUGAUCGCGAAGCUACCGCAUCCGUGCGCCUAAAUCAAAGGAAUGGCGCAACGAGCAUUGUUCCAGCUUCCAAUGGACCAGUGGGAAUGCAUACCGCUGCCACACCCACAGCCUUGGUGACCAAUCGCACACUCUACCUUAACGCUUUGCGUGAGCUGGAGGCCAUGGAUGGAAACGAAGACACUGCUAUGCCGUGCGUGGUGGGACCUGGUAAAUAUCGCCAAGCCCUGCUGUCAUCGAAGCCACCGAAGGUUUCUCAAGAUACUCAGGAAGACCAGCAGGAGCAAAAUAAGAUUCCUGACAAUGAGCGCUUCCUCUGCUCCCAAUUCUUAGUGGACAGAAAACCACCACCAAACCGCAGCCGCGUCGUCAUCAAGCAGCUCCAGGCGAACUUCGUUGAGGCCAUACUCUGUUCGAUGCUGGCGGACGAAGAGCUCAUCCCAUUGCCAAUGAAGCCGUUGUGCUUAGAUGCUAAAAAGACCCAGCUAAUGAAUACGAAAAGAUUUUAUUUCCCUUUGUUGAAACUACAGACAGAAAAAAAGAUUUCGCCAAUGGAGCAGCCAUUCAUGAAGGAAAUGUUUCGGUUUUACAAGGGUCUCGACAAAUACAAGGCCAAGAUGGAUAAACCGAACGAAAGUUUUUCGACAGAUGAGAAUGGUGCUGAAUCGUCACUCAUAAACUCCGAUUCGAACUCAAACGGGGACUUUGGUGUUGGCAGUGGCAUGCUGGGAAACGGGAAUGAAUCGCUUUCGACAGUCAAUCCAGAAAUCCAAGAGCCUGGUAGAUUGGACUCUGAGCUUUUGGAAUUAAACAUGGCCCGUAUCAUUGAGGGCAUCGGUGCUAUCAUGGACGAGAACGAUGGUUUUUGAACAAAUGCGCAGUAACGAACUAAAUGAAGGCAUUUAUUUAUAAUUACAAAAAUUAUAAUAAAAACAUUAAAUGCCACAAAAAUCA